AUGGUAGCGUUGUUGAGCGUAUGCAUAUUCCCGUUUCCAGUGGUACUGAUUGGUGGCGGUGCUAUAGCUAGUUUUCCUGCCUUGAAGCCGCCGGAGUCCACGUCCUUUAGCUGCUGGCAACACGAUGGAAAUACUCGGCAGUCGGAACUGCUUGAUCAUCAGGAUAAUAGAGACAUUGUCGUCGCGGGAGAGACGGACACAGUGGAGUUCUUCACUGCUGGUGAAGUUCGGCAGGCGGCAAAUGGUUGCAGUUACCUUGUCGGAAUCCACGAUAAACGGACCAAUUUAACCACCUUCCGCGCAGCACCGCUACACAUAAUUACACGCCAGGUGAAGGCAUUAAAAAACUUAGCCCCAGCAGAGGUCACUACGGACGAGCGGGUACGCUUGCGUAAUAAACUCGGGGAAACAUUCGGGACGAAGAAAGCCAAGGCAGCGAUUCGAGCACAAGAGCGGAAUAGGGUAGAUAUCGAUGCCAUGAAGGGUGUGACAAGUCAUCUCCAGGAUACCAUCAUGGAGAACACAGGGAGUCUUCCUACGACAGAGGAGGCCAAGGCAUCUGCGGACAGCAGUCGUCUCAUCCCUCCGUAUAAUGCAAAUGCGUCAAGACCAGAUGAUGUGUACGCUUUACAAGACAUCAUUCCCGAUGCUGAGAUGAAUGCUCUCUCGCUUUCCGCGCUCAAGUCGGCGAAAACGGAUCAAGAACGCAUCGCUCUCCUGCCUUUUUCGCGUUCGAAUUGGAUCAAACAGCAUGUUCAUCUUCUCUUUAGUGCACCGAAGCUGAGGAAGAUAGACAUGAAGACUGUGCUGUACAUCUCCAUCAUGUUCGCAUUUAAAACAGCAUCCAGGUCGGUAAAUGAUAAGGAAACUCUGCAGAAGCGGUUGGCUGGUGUUCCUCCGAUCGUGCUGGAUGGGCUACUUGCUCGGUUUACCGAAACAACCCGAGACUCAAGCUCGGUGAAGAUAACAUCCCAAACGGAGACUAUGCUUCUUACAUAUAUGCUUACCUUAUGUCUGCAUGUCGAUGAUUUUGCCACCGACACUGACUUAAUUGCUCGGGAUUUAAGCAUGGCUCCUACGAAAGUGAAUCAGCUCUUCAAGGCACUGGGGUGCAAGAUCGAGAAGUUAGAUCCGAAGGAACUCAAGAGGCUUGGGCUUCCAGAUUCUGCAGGAGAAUCAAAGCGUGCGGUAUUACGAACGCCUGUGCAGUUUCCGCAACCCCGCGCAAAGCGAGCGAGACGAUGA